CACAUUCACCAUAACACUCGUACUUCUCAGCUCGUGGCCGGCAGGGUGGGACUCUGGUUCCCAUGGUGCAUGUUGAUCACAAAACAGAUGGUGAGGGUUGCCUGGUUUGUCAGAGUCAGAGCUGUUUCAGUCCAGCUGACCUGCGCCAGGCAGCUGCUCGUCACAGUGCGCCGCUGCAGCGUUUCCACUGCUCUAGUACCAGCGUGCAGCCUCCUCCAGCAGCAGCACCGGGGACCAGAGCAGGGGUUUUCUUUCUAUCCAUAGGUUUUGUUCAUUCCCGAGCAUCCUCUGAUUAUUUGAUUUCUUAAACAUAACCUACAGCCCCCGCACAUCAUCCUGGAGAUGCGGAUACCGCAUGGGUCAAAUACAGAAGCCUGCAGCAGCCUGGCGGACGGAGGAUACGGCGCUCUAGAGGUGAGAGCAAUCUGUUUAUUUCAUGCAUGUGCUGAGAUUUUACUGGAUAGCAUUUAUUUCCUUCUUUUGAGUGGUUCCUUAAAUUCCUGCUUAGUGGAAAAGGUUGAACAUUUUAGUCCGAUCUUGAUGGAUAAACUCACAGAAAUGAAGUCAUCAUUCUUGUUUUCUUUCUUUCUUUUUGGGGAAAUGCACCGAUCAACAAACAUGAAACAAUAACGCGAUCUCUCUCGUGGCCUCGUGCAGCGCGUUUCUCCCACAGAGAGGACAUUUAGCGUUUGUACAGAAAAAUCUCUAAUAGAGAUUUGAUUGGGCUGAUAUUGAUUACUGAAAGUUGCACUUAUUUAUUAGUGUCUCAUUGUCAUUUAUCUGCGAUGCGCGCGUCGAGUCAGACUUAUCAAUCGUUGUUGCACUGGAUACAUUGCGUUGCAUUUGAACUAUCUCAGCUUUGGACAGACCCAAAAUGACCACAGCUCAGACCAAGUAAAACAAAGAAAAAGUCUUAAACCUAAGUUUCUAUACUCAGUUUAAAUACUUUUGGCUUAAAAGCCAAAUAUUUGAGAUUUGCGAGUCUCUAUGAGCUCAUCAUUAAACCUGCAACCCUGCCAUUUCUCUGCACUGUGACAAGGUUUAGCCAACAGUGUAGUGAAACACUGACACAAACUGCAGCAUCACUCACAGUGUAGAGAGCAGCUGAAACAGCAGUAUGGACCCACCUUCUCCAUUCAGCCUAUUUGCAUGGCUAAGGGUUAGAGAAUUGGCAGAUGUCUGGGGUGAAGGCAUGGAAGAGAAAGAAGAGGGCGAAUCAGUGUUUCUGCUCAAAGUCUGAGACAGCAGGAGGGGGUACAGAGGUAUUGUUGGGGUCACCUUUGUCAAGUGGGCACUGUUGUUUCAGCUGCUGCAGUACAGCGGCACCUGUUACUGGGAUCAUACCAUCACAAAGAGCUCACUUUAGGAAGUUUUAUCACAUAGGUUUGAUGAGGUAAAGAUUAGACAUGACGCAUUCCAUUAAGUUCUUGUUUUCUAGCAUCUGCGACCAAAUAACAGCUUUCUUUGUUUGAGGGGUAGAAGCAGACAAUUGAUACAUAUGUCCCCCAAUAAGAGAGUUUAAAGGGCCACAGCUCCUUCCCCCAAUCCUCUCAAUACACUGUGACGUAUGUCCUCAGCUGGUCGUGACGAGUGUGAGAACCUCCUCAGACAAAGACACGUCCCUGUGUGUUUGGGUAAGAGCCUUUGUGUGUCACAGGGCCCAACUUUUGAGCAUGUGUCGGUCCCGGGGUUCCCACAGCAGCCAAGACGAGGGUGCAAAAGCUUGACCUUCAGCCUUUGUGUCUGUGAUCUGAAGGGGAACAGGGAAACACAGGGGGUUUUGGAUGGCUUCGCCAAGAUCACUGAGUCAGCUGUUUUCACCCCCUGUUUUUAUUAGCAGUGAAGUGUGUUCUAGAUAGAUGGGAUGUAAAUGAUUUUGACGCUUUUGAGUCAUUCAUAACUCAUCACUUUAAGAAAACAAUUUCAAGCCAUUUUUAGAUGAUCUUGUUGUACUUACAUGAAUUCUAAAUGGGAGAAAAUGCAGGAUAAGUGUGUACUAAUGUGACCUGUUUUGGCUUAGAGGUCAAUUUCUUUACUGCGCAACUUUCUCUUCCCUGGCUUGUGCGUUGUUACAAAAACAGGGAUUCCCCUGAGAUUAGAGACCUUGGCCCUGUCAGUGUGAUUGAUUGAUUCUCCAGUGACAACAAAUUGGCUUUUCACAAGCAUUGCAACAGUGAGGAGAGAUGAAGGGGAAGAUAAGGUCAAAAAAGGAAAAAAAAAAUGAAAGCCUGAAAAUACUGAGCCCGGGAUACAAAGCAGCAGCUUGAUUUCACAGGUUGUGUUCAGGUUGUCUCAUAGUAACUUCAGCCUUGAUGCAUUUUAAACAUAGUAGUUUCCUCUGGAGGCCUUCUAAUAGAAGCAGUGCUCCCAAUCGUCUCCCUCUUCACUUUCUCUCUUCUCCUUGACUGGGUGGACAGGCAUCCUUCUCCUCGGCUCCACACCUCAGCCAUCAGCAGCUGCACCAAAGCUCUGUGUGAUGUGGAGUGAAACACUUGCAUACUAAUGGAGCAAGAACAGGAAAUCUCUCAGGCAGACCGAUGUAGUCAGACCAUGGAGAAAACAUCAGGCAGAAGUAUUGUGUUUUCAAGCUCUGGAUUCAAAAUUUGAGUUACUGUAUUAAAAAAAAAAAAAAACUUGCAGCUUUCUUGUAAAAAAUGGAAAGAUCCAAUUCAGAAGGUGCUGUGCACUGUUAUCACCUUCACCUAACAGUAACACUUCCUUUAGCUUCCGAUGCCACCGAUAGCUGUCUUCUCAUUUGGUUAUGAAACAGACAUGCCAGUGGCAUAGCCGUUGCCAUAGUGAUGGCAUGUCUGUGAGCCUGUUGUGCAGCUGUUGGUUCAGGAACACUGCUUACAUUUUGCACCAAGUGAAAAAGGGCCCGAGGAAUAAAGGGGGGGCAUAGCCCAGAGCCCUAUGAAAAAUCAUGCAGUGUGCUCUCAAGUGAGGUUCCUCCUGGCUACACUGCUGGCGCAUGGUGAGGUGUUCAUUAGCCACGACACAUCUGUAAUCGAAGAAGAAAGCGCAUUUCUCAAAACCUACCUGAGCUGAACUUAAUUUUAUGUCUUACAAAACAAAGAGUCUUUUUUUCUCCUUCAGCUAAAAAAAACCAACUAAAACAAACAAACAGUGCUGCCUGUGCACAAGGGCCAACAGUUCACAGGUUUAAAGAGAAAUGCUUUCUGCAUCCUACUGCAGGUCUGUGUUUCUUCAUCUAUCCUGAUUACUUUCAUUGCGUCUGGUGUUGUCCAGAGAUCCUGUCUCAUAAAUGCAUUUAUGAGGCUGAAGCGUGAAGCAGACAGAGCUCAUUAUCUCCCGCAAUCACAUCUCGCUGCACCGCUUUGAUCCUCUGGGUCUGUGAUGCUCACAGGAUGUACGCAGACUGAGUUAAAAUAACACGUCCUAUACAUGUAUGGUUGUUUGUGUGUUUAAUGUGAACUCAGAUUAAAACCUCAUAAGGAUUGGGUGAGCAAAGACAGUAAAUCCCUCCUGCUGGAGGCGUCAGCUCAGACAGUCAGCAGGAUAAUGCCGAGCUGUUGAGGGAUUUUUUGCAUCUUUUCUUCCGGUGCUCUCAGUAUGCAUGCAUGUCCUAUAACAGUGGUAAAACAGACUGUGUGUUUUGUUGCAGUUAGGAGAUAGAUGCAUUGCAGAUGCAUCUGUAUGCAUGAAUUUAAUUAUGAUCCCUUCAGUGUAAUUGCUCUCUGCAGCGUUAGCCAAAAGAUUAGUUAUAGACUUUUGAGAUCCAGGUGCUUGCUAACAACAAUUGCCACUUAAAACUCAUUCUUUCUGGAUAAAACAUUUCACUAUGUCUUAAAUUAAGUGUAUUGAACUAUCUGGACAUUAGAUAAGAUCAAUACACUUGGUAAAAUUAGAUUUUUUUUCCUUCUUUGCUUUCGCAGAAAAGAGCAAAGGCUUAGAAAAAGGAAAACAACAUGAAGACUCAACCUUUUUUGGCUUAAGAUGUACAUCUCAUCUGAGUUCUUUGAAAAAAAUAUAUAUAUAGCAGGAUGUAGCAGGUUGGGAAUUACUUGAUAGGCUUUUUGAAACUGCACACACAAGCAGUUAUGAUGAAUAUUCUAACAUUAGAAAAUAAUAUUAAAAAUAAUGAUAAUAACUUCAUUUAUAUAGCACCUUUGAUAACAGAAGAUUACAUAGUGCUUUGACAGACAAGGAAGAGUAAAUAACAAUUAUGACAGCACAGGAGAAAUCAAUCAUAUGUCACUCAGUUGGCAAUCAAGAUUCCCUGAAGAGGGAAAAAAUGAAUAAUGAGCAAAAGGAAAAGAAAAAGAAAGGUAAAAAAGAAGACAACAUCACAUCAGAAUAAAAACAGAUUAAAAGAUGGGGAGCAGUGAGGUACAAAUAAGCCAAUCAGUAAAUUAACAAAUAGAUAAAUGUAAUCAAAGACAGUACAGUAGAGGAUCAAAUGAGGACUCACAAGCAAAUGGCUCAAACUAAAGAAUUAAAAUACGACUUUUUCAGUAAAAGGAAGUAAACACGUUGUAGUUGAAAAGUAAUUAAAAAGUAAAUUCUGUAAAAGUGAGUUUUUCAGAAGUGAAUUAAAAGAUGUCACUGAUUCUGCAAGUCUCAUCCCUUCAGGGAGGUUGUUCUAGAGUCGAGAGGCUCUGAUGGAAAAAGCUUGAUCUCUGUGGAUCGCAGACUAUGGGACCACUCAAAUGGUGUCAGCAUUUCUUUAAUAUAAUUUGGGACAAGACCCAGACAAGCUUUAUAAGUGAUCAGUAAAAUCUUUAAACCAAUCCUAAAAUGCACAGGGAGCCAGUAUAAUGUUGAAUUUAAGACUAGCAGAGCUGGGUAAGCUUGAUGUUGUUGAAAUGGGGAAAGUCAGUAAGGUAUCUAGGCAGCAAUGUUGUGGAAAAUAUGUAUAGUAUGCAGCAAAUCAAUGCACAGGAGACAGGAUGAGAUCUGAAGAGCAGCCACGGCGUCUUCAUUGUACAGGUACAGAAAUUAGUACAGUCGAUACACAGAGUCUAGACCAAAGUCACUGGAGGAGCCAGGCUCUCCUCUCACUCACUUUUAUGCAGCUGAGUGUGUGCGUGAACAUAAUAGAUGUGUGUUGUAAAUGUGUAUAACACUUAUGCAUCUCUCAAGUGUGUGCUUUACAUGAGUGGAUCUCAUCUGAACUGAUAAACUGGCAGAUGAGCCAAGGACACAUCAUCUUUGUCUUAAAAUCAACAGAGCAUUAGUAUUUCUGGGAACACUCAUCUAGCUUCCCCGGCAAUCAUUGAGAUCAACUCAACUUUGAGAGGGUGGGGAAAGAUAAACCUGACCCCACAGUUGUUUACAGGACUCUACUUAGGGUUGCGAAACUGUGGGAAUUUUCGAAGUUGGAAACUUUCCAUGGGAAUUAACAGGAAUAUAUGGGAAUUAAUGGGAAUUAUUGGGAAUAAAUCUGAAAUUUACUAAAUUGAAGGUUGGCCCUCAACAGGGAAUUUAAAUAUAGUUGGGGAAAAUAUAUUGUAGCAUAAUCUUGGCCAAACAACCAGAUUUCAUGCAAGUACACAACUCAAUCACAUGCACACUGCUUACCCCUACACGCACUGUGCAUUCCUCCAUCACAUGCACAGAUGAUUUCUUCAACCCUGAAGGCCACACUUUUGAGCCCAAAGCACAAGACAUUUGAGCCCACAGAUUAUAUAAAGCCAAGUAAGUUUUGAUUAUAUUAUGGGGUAAAUAUAUUUGACCUAUAAUAGUACUAAUAUUCAACUUGCAAAAAUCAAAUAAAAAUAGGUGCUAAAUGUAACCUAUUUUUCAUUUCAUUACCCAUUUAAGGGGCUAGUUUAGUAUGGUGGUGGUAGCUACCUCAAAUGUGAUGCUGUUUCUUCAGACUCCUGCAAGACGGUUUUCUAUAACCAUACAAUAAUUAUUACAUCAAUUGUCAAAUAUUUUGAAGACCAUUCCAGUUGUUUAGCCAACUAUAUUUUUGUUCAUGCCAUUGCACUGCUUUUUUUUUUUUUUUUACAAGCUUUUUUGUUAUUUUUUUUAUUCUACAGAAAUGUUCACCAUCUGAUGUGUGUCAUGUUUUUUAAUUGUAUUAUUUUGCAUGGAUGUCUGCUUAUGACAAAAUAAAAAUAUUUACAUUUAUGUUUGGAUAUGAUACAGUUCGUUUAAAUUACCAACAAUUUACAGUUAAUUCCCAAUGAUUCCCAUAAUUCCCAUGGUAAGUUUCCAAGUUGGAAUAUUUCCAAGAUUACCGAGCUUAACUUCCCAUGGACAGUUUCUGGAAAUUUACCGGAAAUUUUCCGCCCCUUUGCAACCCUAACUUUACUACAACAUAUCCUGACAUUAAGAUUUCCGAGAGCAUAAUGUUCAACUCCAACCAUCAGUUCAGCUGGUCUGUGCCCAAAAAUGCUCAUCUGUGGUUGUACUUGUGCCUGUAAAUAUUGAUUUCUGCACCACAGUGAUAAUGAAGCAGACCAUUGUUGAGAAAGAGAGAGAGCAUAUGUGCUCAGCAGAGCUUCUUUGGGUCAGAGAGGCCAUCACGUCCACACAGUUUGAGAUAGGUGGGAGCGGAUGCAGACCCCAACGGCGAUGCCAGUCUGCCAGAAACCUGGUGCCAGGUGUCUGAGUUUUAUGGCCUCAGCAUGAAAUUAGCAAUUACUCUGCCUGCCUUUUCCAGUUAGUUCAAAGCCAAGACUGGAGAAAGACACAGACAGGAGAAUAUUACCAAGUGCAUCUCUGUCCACCAAAGCAGGGUGUACCAACAGGCAAGAGGCUUAACUCAAAUGAGAUUUGAUCUGUUUCUUUUAGUAUUAAAACACUGAAUGUUGAAUGGUUAAAAGAGAUGGAGGUGCUACAUGUUAUCUUAACAAAGCAGCUGUGAAUAAAAUUUACUUGCAGGACCCUGUUGCCACAUUGUGGGAAAACUGUGGGAGACAUUUAGAUCACAGUGAAUGUGACCAGGUCAGUGGGGAAACAGACCAUCAGACACAGGACAUCUAAUGUGAUCUUACUUUGAAAACAUAUAGACGAGACGAGACGUGAUGGGUAGUUUUUGUCUUUUUCUGUUUUUAUUUCCUUUUUUUUCUGUGAACAAUAUCUGUUCUGACCAAGAAGAGACACUCUUCAGACAGGUUUAUAUUUUUAGAAAAAUCUCAUCAUCUUGUUUUUGCUGUCCCUUUUGGUGUUGUAGAGCUGCUAUUUAUACUCAGCGUUUCAUUUAUGCAAAUUGGAGGACAAACUGUAAAAUAGUGUCAAAACAGUGCAGGGCAUGAACUGACAGCACAUGAAAGGAGAGAGAAAACAAUCUGUAUCUGGUUUAUGCUAAUAUUGGAAAAACUUGUCAGUUUUGAUGUAAAACAAAAUAAUCCCUUCCUGCUGCGCACACACACACACUCAUAAACCACAUGCCCAGGCUGAGUUUAUUUAUGAGGAUAAAUGUGAAUUUUUAUGACUAUGAGUCACACCAGCAGCCAACACUGUGCUGCUUACUAUUAUUGAGUGAAAAAGCCAAGAGUUGCUCUUACUGUCCCUCUUGAUGAUUUAAACUGUUACUGAAGCUGGUUAUUUUGUUUGGUUGUUAAAUGAUUGCCACUUUCGGCAAAUCCCUCAUCACACACAAACAAUCACUUAUCAACACAAACAAAUGCUCGCACGCAGACGAAAUAAUGAAUCAGAGCAGAUAGAGAAAAGUUAGGAAGUGCAAUUUUUCACAAAAUCAUUAAAAAAUAAAGUCUCGGCUCAUCUUGGAUCAAUCAUGGAUUUCUCGCAGCGUAGGACAGCCACAGCGCCGCACUUAAAAAAUGCGUACGACUGCAUCCCAUGGGCCUGUAUCAUAAGUAGGGAGUGAUUAACAGUGAAGAGUGCGUACUCCCUGUUUAUUAAGCCUGUUGUGUAAUGGGCUCACAGCCAGAGCUGCUGGCUGGGCCCACCCCACACUCACUGACUGAGUCAGUCAAGAGGAUCACUGAUACCAAGCUGGUAUGCAGAUAAUCUACCCGGCACAGGGAGGAAAACAUGUAAUCUCUGAAGAGACAGAUAUGUGAGACAUCAGGGAGGCAGAGUUUUAGAUCAGCCUUUUCAUCUACGAUAUUGACGGCUCCAGCGCAUACUCCACUAAAAUUUUGCAGCACCCUAAUAAGGCUGCUGUGGAAAUCAAAGGUUACUGUCCGAUGGUGUGGAGAAAAGUAAGAAUGAUUUAAGAGCCUCUCUCUGUUCUGAUUCAGUCCUUGUUAAACGCAUCAACUCGGUCCCUUUAAUAUAUGCAGGGUGGUACUGCAGAAAGCUGCCACUUGCCUCUUUUAAUACCCUCCACAUGGAAACCAGAUAUGACUCCCUUACUAUCGCCUGUUGUUUUUUCAGCUUAGCUCCUUUCCUGUGUCUUCAGCUUGACUAACUUUAAGCAAACAGAUUAUCAAAAAAAUGUGUCUUCAUGCUGCAGGCUUUAACAUUUCCCUUAUUUCUGCUUUUUUAGGCUUAAACGGAAGAGAGAAAACAUUCACGGGAGGUCAAGCUUGGACCAGAUGAUCCUCUGCCCAAGCUUCAGCAAAUAACUUUCGCCUGGAUAAGAAAUCAACACUUUGGAAAGUGCCUUCAGCAGCUAGCAGGCAGUAAAAAAGACUAAUGCUCAUGAGCCUUCGCUGCAAGCCUUUGCCUUGAACCCGGCCUCUCAUCCAAGUCUUGUGUGAGCAGAGAGAGCAAACAACAUGGUGCUCACUUCACUGCCCUGGUCUCCUCUGCUCUGGCAGUGCAUGGGAUUACUUCUUUUCUCUCUGUCGCCUAUACAUGGCAAAGAAUGUCCCCAUUUGUGCGUCUGUGAGAUCCGUCCUUGGUUUACCCCCCAGUCCACCUACAAGGAAGCAACAACAGUGGACUGCAACGACUUGAGGCUAACACACAUCCCCACCAAUCUGUCGAUGGAUACGCAGGUGUUACUGCUCCAAAGUAACGCCAUCUCUCACACCAGUGGAGAGCUAGAGGCGUUGUUCAACUUGACAGAGCUGGACUUAUCGCAGAACAACUUUAGCACAGUGGAAGCUGUGGGUCUCACAGGCAUGAAGCACCUGACCACCUUGCACCUAGAGGAGAACCAGAUCAGCCAGCUGCCAGACCACUGCCUGGGAAACCUUUCCAAUCUCCAGGAGCUCUACAUCAACCACAACCAGAUUAAUCUCAUCUCCCCUCAGGCAUUUGCAGGCUUACGUAGCCUGCUACGCCUUCAUCUUAACUCAAACAAGCUCCAUGUUAUAGACAGCCGCUGGUUUGAAGAAACACCUAACCUGGAGAUCCUAAUGAUUGGGGAGAACCCAGUGAUCGGCCUCCUGGACAUGAACUUUAAGCCUCUAGUAAACUUGAGGAGUCUUGUUCUGGCUGGCAUGGACCUCACUGAUGUCCCUGCAAAUGCAUUUGUUGGUUUGGAUACCCUGGAGAGUAUUUCUUUCUAUGACAACAAGCUUGUCAGAAUCCCUCAACUGGCUCUCCAGAAAGUUCCCAAUCUGAAAUUCUUGGAUUUAAACAAAAACCCAGUUCACAAAAUACAGGAAGGGGAUUUUCGGAACAUGCUGCGUCUGAAGGAGCUGGGAAUCAACAACAUGAUGGAGUUAGUGUCAAUUGACCGCUAUGCCAUGGACAACCUACCAGAGCUGACAAAGCUGGAGGCCACUAACAACCCCAAGUUGUCGUAUGUGCAUAGGUUAGCCUUCAGGGACAUGCCAUCCUUAGAGAGCUUGAUGCUCAACAAUAACGCCCUCACUGCCCUGUACCAGCACACGGUGGAGGUGCUGCCGAACCUGCGUGAGAUCAGUCUGCAUAGCAAUCCACUGCGCUGUGACUGUGUCAUUCAGUGGAUGAGUUCCAACAAAACCACAGUGCGCUUCAUGGAGCCUCUGGCCAUGCUUUGCAGCUCACCACCAGAGCUCAGAGGCCAGCGAGUUCGAGAGAUGAGGCUGCUGGAUUCCCCUGAGCAAUGCCUGCCCCUCAUUUCUCAUAACACCUUCCCCAGCCACUUGAACCUCGAGCUGGGCAUGAGUGUCAGUCUGGACUGCAGGGCCAUGUCUGAGCCAGAGCCUGAGAUCUACUGGGUGACUCCUCUCGGGUCCAAAAUCACAGUUGACACUGUGUCAGAGCGGCAUCAUCUGAGCAGUGAAGGGACCCUGCGGCUGACUCAUGUGCAGGUGGAGGAUUCUGGUCGUUACACCUGUGUGGCUCAGAACACGGAGGGGGCCGAUACACGGGUCGCCACCAUCCGCAUAAAUGGAACUCUUCUGGACAGCGCUCAGGUGAUGAAGAUCUUCGUCAAGCAGACUGAGUCACAUUCCAUCCUUGUCUCCUGGAAAGUCAAUUCCAACGUUAUGUCCUCUGACCUGAAGUGGGCCUCUGCCACCAUGAAAAUUGACAACCCGCACAUCACCUACACGGCUCGAGUGCCCGUGGAUGUUCACGAGUACAACCUGACACAUCUUCAACCUGCCACUGAGUACGAGGUGUGCCUCACAGUCUCCAAUGUCCACCUGCAGACACACAAAUCUUGUGUCAAUGUCACAACUCGUGCUACCUUUGCCUUGGACCUCUCAGACCAGCAUCCAAGUGCAGCUGUGCUGGCUGUCAUGGCAACCAUGCUUGCUUUUCUCAGUCUGGGCACUGUGGGCGUCUAUAUGGCCCGCAGGUGGAAGAGAAAAAACUACCACCACUCUCUGAAGAAGUACAUGCUGAAGACUUCCUCCAUCCCCCUGAAUGAGCUGUAUCCUCCACUCAUCAACCUGUGGGAGGCUGAGGGUGAGAAGGACAAAGAUGGCGGCACAGAGGGGAAACCCUCCCCUGUUGACACCACACGUAGUUACUACAUGUGGUGAGGGUUGAGGAAGGAGGCCUGGCUGCCUCUCCAGCAGCACAAAAAGACACACUUUUGCUAUUUUGAUGCAAAAGUUUAAUAAAGUUGCAAAUGUUUUUUUGUAUUCUCAGCUUUGCUAUUCUGAGGCAGAGUGAUCAAGAACAUGAUUUUUAUUAGUAUAGCGUAUCGCCUUUGUUUGAUUCUUUCUAUCUCUUUCAUUGUUUCGGACUCUCCGAGAUGGCAGCUGUAUUUAGCCUGCAGGUUGUUUUAGUUGCUAAGCUUUUGUUUAUGUGGUGCAUUUUUGACUCACUUUCUUCUGAGUUGUUUAUACAGCAGCGGGGACUGAUGGUCCUCUGGCAGCAUUAGUAGAAAUCAGUGUUUCUUUGACUGUUUUGUAAAACAGGUAAUCUGUUGUGCACUGAUAGGUAACGGAAUUUGUCUGAACUUCAAUUUAAAGCUGACAGCAGGGUUUAGACUUGUUAAACUGUCAACUGAAUGUUAGCAUUGUGCAGUAAUGUUGUAUCAACUAUACCUUUGAAAUUUCAAUUGAUUUGCAACACUAUAGGAGUUUACUUUGCUUUUACUGUGAUAUAAAUGCUAGAAAUACAAAUGUUUUAAAAGUUUUGAGUUUGAUUUUUUUUAAACUACAGUGCACUAGAAUCCCUUUGACCCUUUCCCCGAUUACUUGCUUAUUUUGCUAGACUUUUGUUGGCUGAUUUCUUAGUUUAUAAUUUCACAUGCAAUAUGUAAAGCCUACUGAAGAAGAUAAAAUAAAUAAUUUUUUGGCCUUUUUUCAAAAACA